ACUCUUUUGACUUUACCAACCAUUUUCAUGACGAAACAGCAUGUCACAUAAUAAAAGUAAUCUAUGCAAAAGCAUAUUAAAAGAUAAUUUUGGAGAAGUUGCUGAAGCAGUUGGAUGCCAUCUAUUGAAGGAUAAUAUCUGUGCACUUAGAUACCUUGCAUUAAAGAGCAAAUUCUCCUUAGAACAGACAAAGAAAGUUUUGUGUGUCCUUCUGCAACAUAACAUUUGUGAUUACACAACAGAUAGUAAAGGAACUCUAGAAUAUUUGAUAGAUUCUGAAAUUGUAUUAAGGAGAAUUAGAUUUCCUAAUUAUAUAUACUGUGCAAAGACAUUAUACGGGGAUGCUGCUGAACUUGUGGCGGAGGAGAUUUUACAGAAUGGACAGAUGUUAAUGACACAAGUUGUAAAAAAUGUUACUAAUAAAUUAAAUGAAGCCCUAACUAAUGCUGGUCAUCCAGAAAUAGCCAGCUCAUUUGUACAGGAAAAGUUUAACUGUCUGGUCAAUACACAUUUCUUGCAGCGAUGUAAAAAUAGAACAAAUACUAGCAAUGGUGAAGAUACUGCUGACGAUUUAUACAAAAUACCUAUCACAGGUAGUAGAAAAAGAAAACACUCUACAGACAAUAAUCCAGUAUCAAUGAAAAAAAGAAGAAUUCUCGAUUCACCAGAAAAAGAGGAACCUGAUGAUGCUGGAAUCUACUGGAAAGUUAACUUUGAUAGGUUCCAUCAAUACAUGAGAGAUCAACUAAUGAUUACCGCUAUAGCCAGUAAGAUAGAUAAGAAGGCUGGAGAAGUAUUAAGAACUUUGCUACGAGUCUGUGAAUUAAAGUCUGACCCUUACAGUACCGUUACUAAUGCUGUCACAUUAACUGAGAUAUUUAAUGCAUUACCAAAGGACUUUGGACUGACCAGGAAGUUACUACAGAUUUAUUUGUCUAUGAUUAGUGAAGAUUCUACAUGUUUUAUAAGUAAAGUCGAUGAAAGUGGCGGAGGAAUGUAUGUUGUCAAUAUAUAUAAAGCAUUAACUCAAAUAGCUACCUCUCAUUUGGAAUCUGUUGUAUUAGAAAGGUUUGGAUCAAAAUGUCUGCGAAUAUUUAGAGUACUAUUGUUGAAAAAGCAUGUAGAGCAAAAGCAGAUUGAAGAUUUUGCAAUGAUCUCAGCAAAAGAAGCUAAGGAACUAUUGUAUAAUAUGUUUUCCCAGAAAUUUAUAACCACAUCAGAGAUAGCCAAAACCCCAGAUCAUGCUCCAUCUAGAACAUUCUAUCUGUUUAAAGUAGAUAUACAUAAACUGGCUCAGCAUGUACUAGAAAGAUCUUAUAAGGCAAUGUAUAAUGCAAUGUUAAGAAAAGACAGUGAAUUGACAGAACAUAGGAGGUUACUCGAUAAGCAAGAGAGGGUAGAUGCAAUAAUUGCCUCCAUUGAGCAGGCAGGAGGAGAUGAUGCACAGAAAGAUGAAAUAGAACAGACCAUUACACCCACAGAGAGGGAUCAGAUAAACACAGUUAAAAGGACUGUUCAAAUGUUGGAAACCAGUGAGAUUCAGAUUGAUGACACUAUGUUUGUAUUAGAAAUGUACCUAUUUUAUGCAAAUCAAGACAGACUAUUAAAAUGUACACAUAAGAAAAAAUAAAUUUAGUAUCUGA